AUGGCUAGUCCUGCGGAUAAAACUUCUUCUUUAAUACAAAGCGCCGAGAUAACUGACAAACCAAAGUCGUGGAACGUAAAAACGUUAUUAAGUAACUUAACGGGUUAUCACAAAACUCUUAACUUGCCAAAUCCCGGUACAUUUGAAGGCUUACAUCGGGAGGUGAAAAACACAUUCCUUACAAAUCACCUAUUCGAUGGAGGCAGAGCUGAUCUCACAAAAGUUUUAUCACAAAAUUUUCAAGUUUCUCAUACAUUCUCACUCGGUUCAACUCUUACGCCACCUUCUUACAGUUUUGGCGCUGCCUAUGUUGGUACUAAGACCUUUCUACAUGGUACUCUUGAUACAGAUGGUAAUCUUUCGGCGCGUUUUAAUUAUGCGUGGAACCCCAAGAACGUGUCUAAACUACAAGCACAAUUAUUACCAACGCCUGGGCAUUCAAUGCUGCAACUGGAGCAAGAUUAUCAAGGCCCAGAUUAUUCUUUGAAUUUCAAAACGGUUAAUCCUUCAAUAGUUGAUAACACGGGAAUAUUUGUGCUGAGUUAUCUACAAUCAAUCACGCCGAACCUUGCUUUGGGCACCGAAUUGGUAUAUCAAAAGCCAACAGCUGAUAUUGAGGAAACGAGUAGAUCUCUUGUCGUUAAGCAUUCCGCUGAUGAUUAUAUUGCCACUUUGCAAUGGCAAGCUCCAGGUGCACUGAACGCUUCAUAUUAUCAAAAGAUUAAUGAGAAAGUUGAUUUUGGAACAGAAUUGCAGAUACUUGCCGCUGGUGGUAGGAGAGAAGCGGUUGGCUCAUUAGGUGGAAAAUUUGAUUUUCGCGCAGCAACAUUUAGAGGCCAGUUGGAUACAACAGGUCGCGUUAGUGUCGUGAUAGAAGAGAAAAUUGCGCCAGGAUUUUCCUUUAUAAUUACCGGUGAUAUUGAACACGCAAAGAGCACGUCAAGAUUCGGAAUAGGGUUUCAAUUGGAAGCAUAG